CUUUGAUAAAAUUCGCAGUUUGCAUUGGAUUAAAUGCAAAAUCUUAUAUUGAAUUAGAUUUGUUUAUCUGUUGGUUUAUUGCAGAGUCAUGGCGGCGUGUUUCGUGUAUUUUCUGGCCACUGUUUCUUUGCUGUUUGUAGAAGGAAGUCCAGUUUUUAAACCCAACAAUGAAACAACUCCAGUGGUCCUUUGGCACGGGAUGGGCGACAGCUGCUGUAACCCUCUGAGCAUGGGCUCCAUCAAGAGACUGAUCCAGCAGCAGAUCCCCGGAGUCUACGUCCUGUCACUCAUGAUCGGGAAGAAUGUUAUCGAAGUAAAACAAUAUAUUUAUUUUAACUUAGACUUAGAUGUAGACAAAUUUUACUGAUUCUCUUACAUAAGGGUGAGUUGUUGUACAGUUGUAGAGAGUAUUAUCUGUUCCAUUAGGGUAAGUUGCUGUACAGUUGUAGGGAGUAU